AUGUCAGAAUUGCAUCAUGGGAACAAGCAUCCGGCCGUCGUCGCAGCCUCUCAACCCACCGCAGAGGCGCCGGCGAAGCAGUCGGUCCGGGAGAAGACAAAAAGAUCCAGCAAGGCCUGUAACUACUGCCGCAAGUCCAAGCGGAAGUGCGAUGCCAAAGGACCUCCGUGCGGACGCUGCAUGCAGAUCCAAGAGUCGAAGUGGAGAAAGAGCCUCAAGGGGCAAAAGGAGGCUGAGAGUUGCCUUUACGAGGACGCCGAUGGUGGGAGUGCCGAGCGAGGAACAAAGAAGCCGCCAUCCAUGGAGUCUGCCCAGCCGCACCGUCCAUUCGACGCCCCAGGAGAGCAGAUGAAUCCGACGUUGUUAGGCCAUGGGCACUCACAACCCACCUACUGGUACGCCACUCACAACCAUUUCUACCACUGCCCGGCACCAAUACCUUUACCUAUCACACAUCGCGUAUUACAGAAUGAUGUAGCAGACCAGUCACAGUCAUACAACGCCUUUAGGUAA